AUGGGAAGUGAAGGUUCUCUCAGCCCUCAAGAGGUCCCUGUUAAUUCCACAGUCCAGCAGCAACAUCCACCACCACCUCUUGCAGAUGCUCCUCUGGCUUCUUCACAUGGUGAAGCAUCCGCUGAGGGUAAACCAGGUGCUGUUGGUGUUGAUGGUCUUCCUGGUAGUCCUGGAGUUGAGCGGAGUGAUAUGUCUGAGAGUAGCAGACUGGGGAAAAGUGAUCCGUCCAUAAACGUGCCUGAUAGUGGGCCAACACUCAUGGAACAAGGUCGAAAAAGUACUGAUAAAGAACAAAUGGAGGAAUCAACCCGUGGUGAUGAUCACGUAACUUCUGGUACGAUAGAUAAUCAGGCGGAAGCAUCACAGAUAUCUGGAGAGCAACCAAAAGAAACAACACCUAAAACAGAUGGGCACCAGUCACCCAAUUCUCUCAGUCAACAGAAUACGGGUGGUUCUGGUAGUUCAGAUAACCAGAAUACCGUAGUUCAGGAUCCGGUGUCUGAUACACCUCAGAGUUCUCACGCAGAGAAGGAUGAACACAGUAAAGCUGAGAAUAAUGUUGGACAGCCUCAAAACGGUACUGGCGAAGAUUUUUCUUCUCCUUUGAAAGACGUCACCCCUUUAGGAAGUGGAUCAACAAAUAAACCAGAUGAUAUGGGUAAUACAGACACAACCAACACCACCACCACAACAACAACACUUCCUCCUGAACUCACAAACAACAAGAAGGGUGAUGCAGACAGCAGCAGCAGUAUGAGCAAUUCUGUGUGGGUGCGUGUGCCACUACUGAUUGUGGUUACACUGGCCUGUAUUCUUGUGUGCUGA